CAGAAGAGUGCGACGUUGCAUGAUGGGUAUGAUGGGUAUGAGAGGAAUGGGGAUGGGUAUGGGAGGAAUGGGGAUGGGUAUGGGAGGAAUGGGUAUGAGAGGAAUGGGGAUGCGUAUGAGAAGAAUGGGAAUGGGUAUGGGAGGAAUGGGAAUGGGAGGAAUGGGAAUGGGAUCUGGAGGAAUGGGAAUGGGAUCGGGAGGAAUGGGAAUGGGAUCGGGAGGAAUGGGAAUGGGAUCUGGAGGAAU